AACAUUAGUGUACACAUGGUUGUGAUGUAGAGCAGAUACAUUCGUUUUGUUUUGUUGAAGAUUUUAUUUUGUAUCGUUUAUUUUAUUAGAAGUGGACGAUUAAAACAUAUCACAAAGUGUUAUUAUCACCCUCGCUCAAAAUAUGACAGCAAAAAAGUGACAAAUUAAAUAAUUUGUGCGAGUGACAAUGAUGCUCUAUCGAAAUAAUUGCGCAAAUGAGAGGAAGUGAAAAAGUGAGAAAUAAACUAUAUAAACACUUGUCUGUGUGUGUUGUUAGAAGUGCAAACCAAUUACAACGUGUUUUCACAUCAGUAUUUUAAAUCGAUUGUUCCGCAUGUGAAGCCAUUUUUAUAUACAGUUAUCGAUACAUUUUUAAAUAGUUAUUAAUUACUCUUUGUCAUUAUUUAUCGGAUAAAAUGUGGAAUAAUAUAACUAGCUUUGCUCGGUGCAUACGUCGAAACCAGUAUUUUAAAUAUCUCAUGAUGGUCGUAGUGAUUGUUUGCAUUCUUUAUUGGAUUAAAAAAAUGUACCCGGUCAGACCAGCGCCGCCAACAACUCACAUUUUAAAAAAUAUGGGAUAUAAAUCGAUUUUUGUGUACCAUCUUCCCGAAUGGUUCAAAGUAUUAAAAGGCAUCAGAACGUUCCAAUUAGAAAAUUGUGCCGUUCAACGGUGUUUUAUUACAACAAGCCCUUCAGAGAGAGAAAUGGCUGACUUAGUUUUAUUCAACGGCCAACAUGAUCAUACGCGUGCCGAGUAUCAGCGUAAUCCACAACAAAUUUUCGCUUUGUACUACAGCGAAUCACCACCACAUUCGCGGGUUAUACCGGAAUAUGUCACCAUCAAUUGGACCAUAUCAUACAGAUCUGACAGUACAAUUCCAUCGCCUUAUCGACGAUGGGUAUAUAACGAUGAUACUGUGUGGCAAAAAGAGCAAGACCGAAACUACGCUACGAACAAAACGAGACAGGUGGCAUGGUUCGUUUCGAAUUGUGAUGAUAAAAAUGGUCGUUUAGAAUAUGUGAUGGAAUUACAAAAAUUUAUUUCGGUCGAUAUCUAUGGAAAGUGUGGGCCUUUGAGUUGUCCGCGUGAAGACGCCUUACAAUGCUUUAGAAUGCUUGACGAGGAUUACAAGUUUUAUUUGGCGUUUGAAAAUUCAAACUGCAAGGAUUAUAUUACGGAAAAAUUUUUUGUCAAUGCACUUUCGCGACGCGUUUUACCAAUUGUUAUGGGGCCACCAAGAGAAACUUACGAAAAAAUUGCACCAUAUUAUUCAUUUAUUCACGUUGACGAUUUCAAAUCUCCGGCUGAUUUGGCCGCCUAUUUGCAUGAAUUGGACGAAAAAGAUGAACUAUAUAAUGCAUAUUUCCAAUGGAAAGGCACCGGUAAAAUUGUAAAGGAGCCCAUACGCUUUUUCUGUACAUUGUGCGAAAGAUUACACGAUGCGGCUAUUAUGGAUAUUCCUCAUUGGUAUCCAGAUGUCAAUUACUGGUGGCGGAAACCUGGUACUUGCUCAGACAACACAUGGUUACAUGAAAUCAGAACUUCUGCUUCUAUUAGAAUUCAAAAUCACCAAUAUUGCCUUUUUAUUACUAUCAUCUUGAUAGUUUAUAAUAAUGUCAUUAAAAUGUGAUAGUUAACAAAAAACCCGAUAUUUAAUGUAAAAAAAAAUCUUUUUAUGAAGUGUAGGUAUCUGUAUGUUUGUUUUAAAACAUAAUCUGAAUACGAAAAAAACAUUCCACAAAAGAUUUUUUUGUCACAAAAACACCACAAUUAUGAUUAGGAACCACAACAAAAAUGAAAAUCUGCUAUCAUAUCAAAUGAAACAUUGUAUAAACACAAAUUCAGCUAACAUUCAUGAUUCAAAAUUGCAUGUGGAUCAGAUUUCUUCGUUCAGUGUUAAAAGAACAAUAUUUGCAUUAGUUAUUGUAUUAUAUUUUUCUAUUGUAUACUUAAACAAAGCGGCCAAUGUUUUCGUCAUGAUUUUUAAAUAGUUUUAGAUAGAUAGAUUUAAUAGUUAAUAUUACAAUCGAUAAUAAAAAUGCCUUAAAUGACGUGAUUGAAAGAACUAAUGAAAA